AGUCAAUAUGAAAUCAAUUACAAAGGUUUGAGUUUGUUGUUAACAUUACUGAAAAUUGAUUUUCAAGAGCAUUAAAGCCUUAAAUUUGUACUUAGAUUUUCUAAGACUAAGAAGUGUUUUACAAUUUUCAAAGAAAAUAAAUAAAUAUGUUUGUAAAAGAAAGAUUUAUCUGUCUUGUUUUAUUCACGUGGAUAAUGGUGAUCGAAGGUCGUCCUCAAGUAGAUUCCAUGAUUAAAACAUCAGAAAAAAUAGAGCCCUACGAAUAUCAAUACAAAGUGGAAGAUCAAACAAGCGGAAAUUAUUACGGACAAAACGAAAUUGGUAAAGAUACAGGUCGCAUAGAAGGAUCGUACUUCGUGUAUCUUCCGGAUGGUAGACUCAUGACUGUCUCAUACUACGUUGAUGGAGAAAGUGGUUUUGUACCAAAAAUCACCUACCAAGAUAACGCAAGUCCAUUCAGCAACAGUGGAAAAAGUGUUCAGAGAAGAUAGAUCAAUAUUAUAAGCAAAAUUAUUUUAUUCUUGUUGAAUUAUACAUUCAUAAUAGAGAAUUUCAUAAAAAUUAUGAAUGAUGGGAUGUAUGUACUUCCACAGCACAACUGUACAUUCAUAAUUAUAUGUAAAUAUAACUUCAUUAUGAUACCAAAAUA